CAAAUUGUCCACCAUCUUGGGUACGAAGUUGCCACAUAAAAAAAAGUCGGAAAGAAGGAAAAAACUACCCAAUCUCGCGAAAAAUAAGUGUUGACUAUUGUAAGAAAAAAUUUAUCAAUCGCAGUACGCGCCAAAAGAAAACCCGGCAGCGAAUCGCUGGGUCAACUGCAUCAUUAGGCACGUACACUCGGGUGGCUCUGUCGUUAAGGAGGAGGUGGAGAGGAGGCGCUGACGCCACGCCACACACAGCACUCAGCCCAACACACACGCUAAAAGAGCCCAAGAAACAACAAAAUGACCUCGAAGCGUAAGUACCAGAGCCUGUCGGGCUCCAAUCCGGCUGUGAUCAAAGACGAGAUUGUGCCCGUGCUCAUACAAACGGAAUCGGACGAUGGCGAAAACGGCGAUACACCACAUUACACAUAUGCCUACACGACGGCCACAGAGGACGACGAUGCCGAGACGACGGAGGUGAUCACAAUGGACGAUCGCCAAGAGGUAAUUAUCGAUGAGAACGGGCAUGCCGUGACGCUGCAGCAAUUGGUGGAGAACAGCACCGUCGAGGAGGUGGAGACCAUCGAACAGGGCGAUGGCACGCACACUAUUCUCCGAAUUGUGCCCAGCAUACAAGGCGGCCACCACGCCGAUGGCGAGGAAAAUGACGAGAACGAGGAACUGGAGGAGGAGAUCGAGCAUGAUGAGGAGAACGAGGUGGAGGAGGUUCUGGGCAUCGAACACGAGGGCCUCGAGGAAGAGAACGAAGAUGGUGUCAGCUCUAUUGUCUUCGAGGGCACCAUUGACCACAGCAUGGAGGGGGAUGGACGCAGCAAGACUUUCUACUGCCCGAACUGUGGAAACUGCUACAGCGCUGCCGGCUCCCUGAAGCUGCAUAUGCGCGCCUGCCUGCGGCAGCGCAACGAUGUCUCGCCCGAGGACCGCAAGUGUACCGUCUGCAGCAAGGUCUUCAAUUCGGUGGCCUACCUCAAGGAGCACAUGAUGCGGCAUACCGGCGAACAGCCGUUCCGCUGCACCCGUUGCUACCGCAAAUUCAUCGAUCAGCAGAAGUUCAACGCCCACAUGGAGUCGCACAAGCAUCAGGACAAGCUGGAGGCCGAGGCCGUGGCCCUGGCUGCCCAGCAUGGCGGUAAGAAGGUGGUCGUGAAGGAAUUCAACUGUUCCUUUUGCAACGAGGACUUCACCGUGGUGUUUGAUGUGGGUCAGGUGAAGCGGCGAUAUGCCUGCGACGGCUGCCGCGAUAAGUACUCGAAUGCGGAGGCUCUGCGCAAGCACAAGCAGCAGGUGGAGGAGAAGCGGGAAUUCACUUGCGAUCGAUGCGGCCGCAAGUUCGUCUUCGAGGGCUUCCUUCAGCGCCACUUACCCAACUGCGAUGGCAGUAUCAAGAGGCGGCGGGACAUGAAGUAGAGAUGGCAGCAACGUGAUGACAAUUGGCGGCCGACGAACCGCAGGCGGUGGCCCCCUCGACACCAGCUGGAGAACCGCAAUGAUGACUAUCAUGAUAAUGAUGAGUACCAGCUCCAGUUCGAGGUGGAUCCCCUGAUGGUUUCACCAAUGCAUUACGUUGUUAUUAAGCAGGAGGCAAACAAGAAGGACGAUACCGAUGACGAUGACGGCUUGGAUGUGAGGCAAAAGAAAGAACAGGAAGAGGAGUAGCAAUUAGCAAUCGAAAGAUGGAUGGAUGGCUCUACCGGCGGGUAGUCCCGGCGGGACAAUCAAAUACUUUAUUUUGUAGAUCUAAAAAAUUUCCGUUUCCCCAAUCGUGUGUGUGGAAUGGGAGGUGAGGUAAGAAAAGUGCAAGAAUGAGUCCAAAUAUCUUGAAUAACGUAUAUAUAUUAUAUAGAUAUAUUGAAAUAAUUCUUUUUUUCAUAUUGAUAUAUUAUCAUUGGGAUCGUCAAUCAUUGAAAAUCGCAGAAAUUAAUUUUUGUUGAAGAAAAAUCUUUAUGAAAGGCAUAAGGCCGCUUUAAGUAGAAAUAUUGAUAAUUGUAAGAACAAAAAAAAAGAUGAUUUUUGGUUAUCAAAUUAUAUUCGAUUUAAGUUUAACAAAAAACUAAACUCCUAUUUGUCCACGAGAGACGAAUAUAGAGGGAGACGGAAACGGAGAGGCAAAAUCAUGAAAUACGCCAUAAACGCUCCAGUUGUCCGGUCAAUGUAUAGCCUAAGCACAUUACUUACCUUAUUAAAAAUAAAAAAACCUUACUUUAUAAUUCUGCAA